GUGUGUGUCAUUCUUGUAGCGACGUUUCUGAGUGUUCUGACAGACUCGAAGGGGAAUUACACAAAUUUUUCUGGACAAGAACUAUGAAGGAGUUAGUUCUAUUGGUAGUAUUGCUCCUGGUAUCAGUAGGAACAACUCUGGAGAAAGAAUUUAAUGACAGAUAUCAUGAAGAUCAACAGAUUGAAACCGAAGAAUAUGACUUCUACAAUUUCACGCUACCAAGUGACUUUCAUCUCGGUGUAUCGUCGGCUGCCUAUCAGUAUGAAGGGGCUUGGGAUGAAGGAGGUAAAGGUGAAAGCAUAUGGGACAGAUACAUCCAUACUUACCCUGAAGCCAUUGCUGAUGGUACAAAUGGAGACGUAGCAGCAGAUUUUUACCAUAAAUACAAGGAAGAUAUUAAAAGGGUCAAGGAUUUAGGGCUGGAUACCUUCCGCUUUUCGAUUGCAUGGCCUCGAAUUAUGCCAACUGGCCUAAUCGACAGUGUAAAUCAGGAGGGGAUCGACUUUUAUGAUGAUGUCAUCAACGAAGUCAUUAAGAAUGGCAUAUCUCCCAUGGUGACCAUGUACCACUGGGACUUGCCGCAGUAUUUACAGGACCUGGGAGGCUGGACCAAUGAAAUCAUCGUCGAUUAUUUUGAAGACUACGCUGAUGUUCUCUAUUCAUAUUAUGGAGACCGAGUGAAACUGUGGCUGACAUUAAACGAACCAACUAAAGGUGUGGAUGGGUAUGGCGGUAACGUUACUGGUUUAGGAUACGCACCGAAUGUUUCUGCUGCCGGCAUAGGGACCUACCUGGCAGGACACACGAUGUUAAAGGCACACGCGAGGGCAUAUCACCUGUACAAUAAUAAAUAUCGGGAAUUUCAGAAAGGCCGCAUUUCUCUCGCACUGGAGACUUUCUGGUAUGAACCUCAAGACAGCAAUUCCGAAAGUGAUCAUGAGGCAGCACUUCAAGCGAUAGAGUUCAAUCUUGGUUGGUUCGCAAACCCAAUCUUCAGUAAGGAGGGUGACUAUCCGACGGUCAUGAAGAAAAGAAUCGCUGAAAACAGCUACCAAGAAGGCUACCUAAAAUCGCGAUUACCACAAUUUUCCACGGAGGAGGUUAAGUAUAUUAGAGGAACUGCAGAUUUUUUCGGUCUCAAUCAAUACACAACAAAUAGGGCAACGUUCGGAGAAAAUGGUCCGAGUCCCUCAUACACAAGGGACACAGGAGUGACUCUCGUGGCACCAUCCGAUUGGCCAGCAUCUGAAACUUCGGAAUGGGAAAAGAUCGUACCCAAGGGUUUGCGCAAAGUGUUAAAUUAUAUAAAAGAUCGUUACGGUAAAAAAUGGGAAAUUGUCAUCACUGAAAAUGGAUUCAUAGAUGAUGGAGAAAUCAUGGAUUCACAACGUAUAGUCUAUAUAGCGACUUACAUGAUAGAGAUGUGGAAAGCAAUGUACAUUGAUGGAGUGAGAGUUGUUGGCUAUAUGAUCUGGAGUCUGCUGGACAACAUGGAGUGGACAAGCGGCUACAGAUCAAGAUCCGGGCUUUUCCACGUGGACUUCUAUCAUCCGGAUAAAAUUAGAACUCCAAAGAAAUCGACAGAGUUAGUGAAGACCAUCGCUAAAACAAGGCGAAUCCCGGAAAAAUAUGUCGACCAUGUAAAGGAACUAGAUCAACUGGAAUUCCAUAACUACUCCUAACUCCAGAUGGAUUCAGCUUGAUGUUGAACCUGGCAAUGAAUUGUAUAACUAGUUACUUAAAUAUGUACUUUAAUUGUAACACAGCCCUAGUACACAAUCUGUUACAUGUAGAAAUGUUAUUAUUACAGCAGAGAGCACAAUGUUUUAUACAAAGAAAACGUAUUACGCGGCGUGUUUAUUAUGUGUUAUUGUUAUUCUCUGUGCUCGAACUUUUCACUGUUCAAUAAAGUGAAUGCCUGCAGUAA